GCUCCUGUCUGUGGUUUUGUGGACUCUGUCUCUGGGAGCGCCUUCAGUCUGGUUCUCCUCUGCAGGUCCAGUUCUGUCCGUGCUGGUGCUGGUUCCUGAUCUCCUCCUGAACAGAAGCCCGACCCUGCUGUGAGUACCAGAACCUGCUGUGAGUACCAGAACCUGCUAUCUUCCUCAACAUGUUUCUGACCAAGAGUUUAAUCGGAGGCAUCCUGAAUGUCGUGAGCAACAUCGACCCGUCUAUGUUCAAGCCCUCAGCCCCUCCUCCGCCUCCCAGACCGCAGAACUACGCCGAGGCUCACGAGAACGAUGAGGAGAAGCAGUUCCGGAGAGUCUUCCAGCAGCUGGCUGGAGAUGACAUGGAGGUGAGCCCCAAAGAGCUGAUGGACAUCCUCAACAGAGUCAUUUCCAGACAUGGAAGCCUGAAGACGGACGGCUUCAGCAUCGAGUCCUGCAGGAGCAUGGUGGCUGUCAUGGACAGCGACAGCACAGGAAAGCUGGGCUUCCACGAGUUCAAAUACCUCUGGAACAACAUCAAGAGGUGGCAGAGCGUCUACCUGUCCCACGACGCGGACCGCUCAGGUACCAUCUGCUCGGGGGAGCUGCCACGCGCCUUCAAGGCUGCAGGUUUUCCUCUGAACGACCAGCUCUUCAAACUGAUCAUCCGCCGCUACAGCGACGAGCAUGGAGACAUGGACUUUGAUAACUUCAUUGGCUGCCUGGUGCGGCUGGACGCCAUGUGUCGAGCGUUUAAGACUCUGGAUUCAGACAACAGCGGCACCAUCGACCUGGACAUCAAGGAGUGGCUUCAGCUGACCAUGUACUCAUGAAGCAGUGAAGGGAAAACUUCUGCCUUCACCCGUUUCUCUCUCCAUGCUCCUGUAAACGGGACCAACAGAACAAGAAGAACGUUUCCACUGGGACCAAAGAACAUCUCUGUGGCACUAAGAUUUGUUUGAUAUGAACAUUUUUUCUCCUCUUUCGGCCUGAAAUUGAUUGACUCUGAAUGUUGUGAAGCUUAAAGUGACCCAACUGGAAUUAAACUUGUUUUCUUUCA